AUGUCACUCUCUGCCUAUGUCCAGUCCACGCCCCACUGCGCCACAGUAACAAGCCUCCUCCUCAAACCGCCCAUCAGCGGCAACGUGCCUCCGGUGGGUGUGACUGCAGCGAGCAAGGCAGAAAUCAAGGUUUGCAACUGGCAGGUAGCCGUUGCAGGCUUGUGGCUUGCCAAUUCCCGCAGAAGCAAGCAAGGCAGAAGAGGAGCUGGGCAACGCCGUGAUGAUCAGACGCACGCCCGAGUUCUGGACCACCAGGGUGUGAGCAGCCUGCUUCCCGCACAAGGAAGAACAGGGACUUUGUAA